GAGCUAGAUGCUAAUAUGGUGGGGAAAGAGGACAUCUGUGCCACUUGCCAUGAACAUGCCACCUGCAAGCAAAGAGAAGGGAAGAAGAUGUGUAUUUGCAAAUAUGGAUUUGUGGGCAAUGGGAGAACUCACUGUACUGAUAAAAACGAGUGCCAGUUUGGGGCCACCGUGGUCUGUGGGAGCCACACAUCUUGUCACAACACACUCGGAGGCUUUUAUUGCGUUUGCCUGGAAGGAUAUCGAGCCACUAACAACAACAAGAUGUUCAUUCCCAACGAUGGCACCUUUUGCACAGACAUAGAUGAGUGUGAGGUUUCCGGCCUGUGCAGGCAAGGAGGACGGUGUGUGAACACUGACGGGAGCUUUGAAUGCUACUGUAUGGAUGGAUACGUGCCAAAGAGUGGGCCUGAGCCUUUCCACCCAACCAGAGAUGCCACAUCAUGUACAGAAAUAGACUGUGGCACCCCUCCUGAGGUCCCAGAUGGCUAUAUCAUAGGAAAUUAUACCUCUAGGCUUGGUGGCCAGGUUCAUUAUGCUUGCAAAGAAGGAUUUUUCAGUGGCCCAGAAGAUGCAAUUUCAAGCUGCACAGCCUUGGGCACAUGGGAGUCUCCCAAAUUAAAUUGCCAAGAGAUCGACUGCGGCCGCCCUCCAGAAGUGCCACACGCGGUCCUGCUGGGGAAUCACAGCUCCAGCCUGGGCAGCGUGGCUCACUAUGUGUGUCAAGAGGGCUUCGAGAGCCGUCAAGGAGAGAUCACUUCCGUUUGCACGGAGAAAGGCACCUGGAGAGAAAGUACUUUGACAUGCACAGAAAUAAUUACAGAAAUUAAUGAUGUAUCAGUGUUUGAUAACACCUGCAUGAGGUGGCAAGUAAACCCAGGAAGAAUAAACAACCAGAUCAUGUAUGUGGUAUACAUAAAAGGACACCGGGCAGACCCUACGGAAUCAGUUCAUGAGGAGACAGUCAACCUGACCACCAACAGCAGGACCCCAGAAGUGUGCCUAGAUCUGUACCCAGGCACCAACUACACCGUGAGCAUUUCCACUGCCCCUCCCAGACGCUCUGUGCCAGCCAUCAUUGGGUUCCAGACAGCUGAAGAUGAUCUCUUAGAAGAUGAUGGAAUUUUCAAUAUCUCAAUAUUUAAUGAAGCUUGUUUGAAAUUGAACAGGCAUUCUAGGAAAGUUGGAUCAGAACAAAUAUACCAAUUUAAAGUUCUGGGUCGAAGGUGGUAUCUGAAUGAUUUUUAUCAUGCAACAUCAUUUAACCUCACAACGCGGGAACAAACUUCUGUAGUGUGUCUAGAUCUGUAUCCGGCAACUGAAUACACAGUGAACAUCACCCGACUGAGAUCUCCUGAGCAGCACUCAGUGCAAAUAAGAAUAACAACUGCACCAGCAGAAAAACAGAUUAUUGGUAACAUUUCAAUAUUUAAUGAAACCUGCUUGAGAUGGAGAAGAACGAAGACAGCUGAUAUAGAGGAGAUGUAUUUAUUCCACAUUCGGGGCCUGAGAUGGUAUCAGAAGGAAUUUGCCCAGGAAAUGAUCUUUAAUAUCACCACCAGCAGCCAGGCAUCUGAGAUGUGCUUGGACCUGCGUCCGGGCACCAACUACAAUGUCAGCGUCCAGGCUUUGUCUUCGGCACUUCCUGUGGUCAUCUCCCUGACAACCCAGAUAACAGAGCCUCCCCUUCCAGAAGUAGACUUUUUCACAGUGCAUGGAGGGCCUUUACCACGCCUGAAGCUGAGGACGGCCAAGGAGGAAAAUGGACCUAUCAGUUCGUACCAGGUGUUAGUGGUUCCCCUGGCCCUCCAAAGCACAUUUUCUUGUGAUUCCAAAGGGAUUACCUCAUUCUUUAGCAACACUUCUGACACUGAUGGAUAUGUGGCUGCAGAACUACUGGCCAAAGAUGUUCCUGAUGAUGGCAUGGAGAUAACUGUUGGAGACAGGCUAUAUUACGGGAAAUACUAUAAUGCACCCUUGAAAAUAGGGAACGAUUAUUGCAUUAUAUUACGAAUCACAAGUGAAUGGAAUAAGGUGAGAAGAUGCUCCUGUGCAGUUUGGGCGCAGGUGAAAGAUUCGUCGCUCACGCUGCAGCAGAUGGUGGGCGCUGGGCUGGUCUCCAUGGCUGUUGUGAUUGUUCUCACGUUCCUCUCUUUCUUAGCAGUGUGAUUGCAGAUGAGCACUACGUGGGGAGAAUGCACUGCUGUUGGGACAGAUGUUAUGACAGCUCCUCAGGUGCCCGCACAGAGGCCCAUGCGGCUUCCAUCCACAUGUAUGUGGGAGCCUGCAAACUUUCUCCAUCUCCAGCUUGGUCCCAUUUCUGGAUCCAAGAUGGUGACUGUCACUAUGGAAUUCUCCAAAAGGUGGAAACUCAGGGAUUGCUGACAUCUUCCCUGCUACACAAUCAGUUUUAUGUCUAUGAGCUUGAGACCCUUGAUAUACAACAUAAUAUCGGCCACAGGCUACAUAUUACAUGGGCUGGGCCCGUGUUUUCCUCUGAGUGAUGCCCAAGAGUCAGCUCCUCUAGGUAUUGAUCACUGAGAGUCUAUGCAUCUUCCUAAAUAGCAUCUCUGUUAAUUAAUUCAGAGUCCAUUCUUUUACAAUAAGCAGUGAGAGGGGCUUAAAUUUGGGCUAACAAAUAAAAAUACAAGCUUGAAAAAAAUAAAUUUGGGCUAAAAUUUGACUUUAUGAAGGAGGUCAUUGGAAAAGAUAGAGAACAUUGACAUAGGUAAACUUGUCAAACACUUUAGAAGCAGCCCUUUUCUUGUCAUUAAUUGACAUCUAAUUAGAAAGUAUGCUAGCCUGGCCACUUCAAUAAGUUUCCUGCAAUGUCUGAUACAGUUCCAUUUGCCUUAUAUAUAUUCAAAAGCCAUAAGUCUUCAUGCCAGUAAAAAUAUUCUGUGAAUUUAGACAGUUCUACUCUUGCAUAUGAAUGUUUAUAGCAGUCUUGUUAAUAUCUUUUUUUAUUACCGAGGGUCUCAUAAAAAUUCGCUGUGCUUACCUUUAGAUUCAGUGACCAUGUAGUAACAAUGGGUUGAAACAAUAUCAAGCCCAUGGCCAGAGUCCCUGUGUUUACAGGAAAGGAGGACAAUGUAGGUGACAUGAUCAUCCCUUUUUUCUACACAUUAGGUGUGAACAGUCCUGAGCCUACUGUCAAUAUGCUGAAUUUACAGAUGGGGUGUAGUAGAUUUGACUUUAAAGCCUGAAUGAGUAUUCUUUAACUUUCCUCCCUAACCAUUAUCAGGCAGUAUGAGGAAUAAUCGUCCUAUGUCCUUUGUCCUUUGCAACUUAGACUACCACGUAGGAUCAGCACUUAGACCCCUUCCUGCUCUCAUCUCAGGCGAAUUACACAGUAGAGCUCUCAAUAGGCUAAUACAAAUAGCUUUCUUCUUUUCAUCUUUAUAUGCAAUUCAAGCUCAUACUAUUUUCACAGCUCUUGUGUUAAACUUGGAAUUAUUACAGAUUACUAUGAUUAGUAUAGGAUAGGGUCUCUGAUGAGUAAGGAUUUUCCUCAAACCCUCUUCUAUCCAAAGAGAAAAUCCGAGCCUCUCCCGCUUAUUAUUUUUUAUCAUUCUGUAAACACCUUAUGUUUCUAUAGCUGCCCCCUCCAUUUCUAGCUCUAGAAUUAACUGCCAAGGAAGCUACCGUUGUCCACUUGGGAACUUAGCAUAAUCGUCAUAGAAAAGAAGAAAUUUCACUCGCUUAGUGUCAAAGUUUCUGGUUAAAAUCACUGACUAAAUAUUAAGUAAAAUAUUAAGUAAAAUGUACUUCUGGGUAUGGUGCAGAAAUGUAAAAACAGUCCAGGAAAGAGUACUAAAAUAGCAAAAAUAUGGACUUUGACACUCCCUCUGAAUGUUCCAAAUUAUAAUGCCAAGUUGCUCAUUGUUAAUCCUUAACAGAAGCAGUUGCCGAGCAUUUGCAAAUAGGAUGUGCCAUUUUCCUGCGGUUCUUUUCUAAUAGUUUUCUCAUAAACAUGAAGAUAGCUUUAAGUUUUCUAACUUCACCUGGCAGCUUCACCACAAUACUGUCCUUUUUUUUCCCAAGUGGAUUCCUGGUUAAGGUGCGGGGCAUCUCAGGAGACUGAUAGUGGGUCUUCCUGGGAGAAUGUGGAGUCCUUCUGUGGAAGGACUGGUCAGGUGGCACCCGGAGUUGGAUUUUGAGCACCGGUAAGUAAAGCCAAACCCCUAAGGUGGGGACAGAGGAAAGAAGGAUCUUCUCUAUUAGCUGUCCUGGGGAGAGUGUGUUGAGGUGAGCACCAAGAUCCAAUCUCGGGCUGGCUUCCAGGCUGGGAAACAAAAUCGGGGGGUUGUCCAGAUAUGGAGCAGAUUGUUCCCUGGCUGAUCUGUGCAUGUGUGUACGUGCGUGUAUGUGUGCGUGUAUACACAUGCACACAUACACAAUUUUUAUUUAUCUAUCUUGUUUACGUGAAUUCUUUCAUUCCGUCCUCAUGGCGGUUCUGUGUGGGGAGGGAUUAUUGUUUCCCCCAUUUUAGAAUGGAGAAAUGAGUUCAGAAGGCUCCGCGGCUUGACUUGUGGGGCCAAGUCUUCUGACGGCAAGUCUAAUCUUCAUUCUUGGGAUUUGAUAGGCCUUCAGCUCAUCUUCUGACAGCGCUUUUGGUCCUUGGAGGAGUCAGGCCUUUACAUAUCCAAACUACAUCUCUGUAUAUGUAUAUCGUCUAUAUCUGUAUCUGUAUCUAUGUGUAGAUAUUUAACCAGCACCUUUACUAUUAUAGCACAUAUGUCUUUUUACACCUAUCUUUUCACUAUAAGGUGCUCUCCCACCCCCACCCCCACCCCAUCACAGCUAGAAGGAGCCAAACAGAUGGAGGUUCAUUAAGGGAAAUAGUUAACAGUCCACCUAUGAUUCAAGACCUGAACUUGCAGUUGGCCACUUGAAAUAAGACCAGAACGGAAGUAGUUAUCUUGAAAAUCCACAUUAGCUCAGAAUACAAUUAAUAUUUAAGUUAAUUUUAAAGAAAGUAAAUAAGAAUUUUCAAUGCUCCUUUUUUAUCGCUCACCUCACAUUCUGAUUUUCUAAACUUUCUAUUUUUCCAUUCUGUUCAUCUAAGAGAAAACCGGUAGUAGUAGUAGGCACUCUAAUAAUGUUUUAAGGACCUUUUGCCUACGCCAGCCAUUGUUGAUUAAAUAGGAAGUGCCUGAUUAUGAAGAGGAAAGAUGUGGCUUUUUCUGUGCCCAAGUUUGUGGGGAGGGGAUGCAAUGAAGCAAAUCAAUUAAGAAAGGAAUGUAUGCUCAUUGUUUCAGAGGCAGGAGGCGGGGCGGGAGAGAGAUGAGAAUGAAUAAAUCCUUUGAUGGUGGUGGUGGAGUGUGUGUGUGUGUGUGUGUGUGUGUGCGCGCGCGCGUGCGCGCACAUCCAAGUGUACUCAUACCCAUACUUUUUUGGCACACUUUUUUUUUUUUUACCUAAAUGACAUCAAACAAUGCAUGUAGUUUUGUAACACAUUUCUUUCAUUUAUCAGCAUAUCUUGAACACAUUUUCCUGUUAAUCAUGAUUGCAUUGAAAAUUUGUACCAUAAUUUAUUUAAUCAGUACUCUAUUGUGCAUUUAGAGUGUUUCCAGAUGUUUACUAUUCUUACACAAGUCUGCAUAAUUGUAUGCAGUUAUCACUUAGGCUUAAUUCCUAAAGCUGAAAUUCCUUUCAUGUUUAGAAUGAAAACCACUAUAUACAUUUCAUAUUUCCUACAUUUUGUCAGAUGAAUCUUACAGGAAGUUGAUAGCAGUUCAUACUCUCACCAGCAGAAGGCCUCAACACCAUUAGGCAUUGUUGAUACCUUUAACCUUGAUUAAUUUGGUAGGUGAAAAAUGAUGUUUCAGUGUUUUAUUUGCAUUUUUCUUGACUAUUUUUUAUGUUGAUUGGGCAUUUGUAAUUCUGUCUUGGUGAACUGCCUUUUUUCUCAGUACUUGGCUUGUCUUUUAUUGAUUUGAAAAAGCUCUUUAUAUCAGUAAUUUUCUUAGCUGUCAUAUAUUUUGUAAACAAAUUUUCUAGUUUAUCAUUUCCCUUGAUCUUGUUUGUGUCAUACAUUGCCACACAAAAACUUUAAAUCUAUAUAGUCAAAUUUAUUAGUCUUUUUCCUUAUGUAUUCUGCCUUUGGUGCCAUGCUUAGAAGAACUUCUAAUCUCAAUGUAAUAUAAUUCAUCAGUUUUAAAAAACAUUUAAAUAUUUAAUCCAUCUGACAUUUAUUUUAGCAUAAGGGUGAGGUUGGAGAAGAUUUUUUUUAUUAUUGCUAAAUCAUUUAACCAGUUGUCCUAUUAAUAUUCAUUAACUGUUAUUUUUUCCCUUAGCGAUUUGAAUCAAAUACUGAAUCAUAUACAAAUCUAUUUAUGAACUUUCUCUUUUCUAUUGAUCUAUUUCUGUGUCAGUAUCACCUGCUGUAACUGUAAAAUAGGUUUCUUCAUACCAAAUGAAAGUAAGCUACCAUUUUUUCAGUUAAUUCUCAGAAUGUUCUCAGCUUUCAUAUAUUUAUUCAUGUAUACAUAUUUAUUAUACAUGAACUAAAUAAUUAUUUGGCCAAGUGCCCCCCAAAAUCUUGAUAUUUUUCUUGGGAAUGUGUUAAAUAAAGAGUGCUCCUAGCCCAAAACAUGA